GACACUAUGACGUCGAAGUUGGAUCAGCUAAAGGAGGAAACAGAGAUGAGGAUCAAUGACUUAACCGCGCGGAAUUCUGCAUCACAGAAGGAGAUGGAGAACUUGAAAAGAGUACUUUACGCCAAGUUUGGGGAUCGUAUAAACUUAGAGUCUGAAAAAGAUUCGUAG